CUUUAUCUUCUCAAAAGUGACCAAGUUCAUUUGUGAUAUUGAAAAAUGAAAUUGGACAAUUGUUUUUACACAUAAGUUUACAAGGACAAGUUGAGGAGUAACAGCUUUGGCGUCUAAUCAAUCUUGAGUGAGUCAGGGAGUUAGAUCCUUCACCAGAUCAUCAAAUUUACAAUAAGCUAAAAGUCGGUGACCGUUCAAGCACUUCAGAAGCAUCACACUAGUCGAAAACAAUGUCUUCUUUCUUGGGAAAAUGGAAACUUAGCGAGUCACACAACUUCGAUGCUGUCAUGUCAAAGCUAGGUGUCUCAUGGGCAACUCGACAGAUUGGGAACACAGUGACACCGACUGUAACCUUCACAAUGGAUGGGGAUAAAAUGACCAUGUUAACAGAAUCAACUUUCAAAAAUCUUUCUUGUACGUUCAAGUUCGGCGAGGAAUUCGAAGAAAAAACAAGUGAUGGCAGAAACGUCAAGUCAGUUGUUGAAAAAAAUUCCGAGUCGAAGUUAACACAAACUCAAGUAGAUCCCAAAAACACAACUGUAAUCGUUCGUGAAGUCGAUGGUGAUACUAUGAAAACGACUGUGACUGUUGGUGACGUUACUGCCAUUCGCAAUUAUAAACGACUACCCUAACGCCUUCAAAUGAACACUGAUAUUUGCUUGGGGUGUUUUUUGUAACUGCUUGUAUUUCUACUAUUUUUGUUACAUUGAUGAUAAUCACCGGUGGAUAAAUUUUGCUACGCAUGUAUCAUCCUAUAUUAAUCAAUCAUUCCCGCAUUUCAAUAAACACUGCUUAUUGUUGUA